AUGCCAAGAAAUAAAGUCAACUUCACUUUGAUUGAAGAUGAGAGUAAAAGAAAAGUCUCAUAUCAGAAAAGACAAAAAGGUCUCUUCAAAAAGUGUGAAGACCUCAAAAAACUUUGUGAUGUUGAAGUGGCUGCUAUCGUCUAUGGUCCUUAUAGAAAUGAACCAUACAUAUUUCCAAAUAAUGAUGCUGCACUCACCACUUUUAUAAAGUUUAAGGAGUUGCCGACAUUGGAGAAAUCCAAAAAUAUGGUGACAACACAAGAGUUCACUGAGCAAAGGAUUAAGAAGUUGGAGGAACAACUACAAAAACUAAGAAAGGAAAAUAGGGUCAAGAAAAUGACAAAUGAGAUGUAUGAGGUGUUAAGUGGAAAAAAUAUUUCUGCUGACAUGCACCCUUAUGAUCAGAACGACUUGAGUCGCGUGAUAAAAAAAAACCUCAAAGAGGUUCGUGAAUUAAUGAGGAAAAAUGUUGAUGGAGAGGGUUCUACAUCGAAUGACUCUCAACCCAUUGUUGAAUCAAUGGUAACUAGUAGGACCAACUCUGGAUGGCCAAGGGAUCCUUCUCCUCUAUUGUUUGCACAAAUGUUUCCUCCAGUGGGUCCACAAUUAUUGUCUCCAAUGCCUCAACAAAUGGCUAUUAGAGAAAAUCCUGGAAUGGCCCCUCUAACUCCGUCAACAAUAGUGGAUUCUAUGAUGCCUUCACCAAUGAUGUCUCCUUCAAUGUAUUCUCCAGUGUUUCAUUCAACGACACAACAAAUGGAACCUUCAACGGAUAUCCCUUCAAUUGGUGUAGCAACGUCAAUGAAUAACCCUUCAGAAGAUAUCCCUCCAAUUGGUGUAUUAACGUCAAUGAAUAACAAUCUGAAUAACUUUGAUGCCUUAUCACCUAGUCCUACAUUAUCUGGGUUACUGAAUUGGAAUGAUGAUCCUGACCCCAUUCAUUCUUUUUGCAACUUCUUGAGCUUGGGAACUCCAUUUGAGGCGAUUUCAAGUGCUGGGUGUUCGUUUGAUUUUGGCUAUGCAUUGGGGUUGUUGAAAAGUUUGAGAAAGCAUCUUAGUGAGUUUGAUAGCGUGGUGGUGACCGCAGGUGAUUUAGAGGUGGAAAGCUUCAAUAUGGAGGAUGCAGAGCAUGCGUGA